UCGUUCUGGGAUCCAAAUGCUGGCACCAAGAGCUGUCUAAAAUUUUCGAACAAUUGUCCCAAAGCGCUCCGCAGACCCAUCAGGACUCUCUUCCAACGGCAGGGCUUGACCUUGAGACGAAAAUAUGAGCUACGAUGCUCUGGUAGAAAAGGUAGUCGAUGGCGGCUACCUGCCUGAAUUCGUUCUUCGGCGAGGGAUUCGCAGCCAAUUGCGAGAACGAAUCAAUACCAUCAAGACCACCGAUCUAGCCAGUGCAUAUGAGACCAAGAUGAAAUACGUGGAGCUCCUCCGUAGCCGGCCGAUUGCCAUCGAGACCGCGACGGCGAACGAGCAGCACUAUGAAGUGGGCACUGGAGUCCUGGCGAACUGCUUAGGACCGCGCAUGAAGUACAGCUGUUGCCUGUAUCCCAAGGGAACCGAGACUCUGGCUCAGGCUGAGAUUGCGAUGUUGGAAAGCUACGUCGAAAAGGCGCAGUUGCAGGAUGGAAUGAGGAUCUUCGAUCUUGGAUGUGGAUGGGGCUCUCUUUCAUUAUACCUCGCGGAAGUCCUGCCAAACUCCAAGAUCACGGCUUUCUCGAACUCUCGGACGCAAAAAGAAUACAUCGACUCUCAAGCCCAAAGCAAGGGUUUCAAGAACCUCGAAGUUGUGACUGGCGACAUCUCAACCUACGAGUUUCAAGGGACCAAACUAGAAGGCCAAUUUGAUCGCGUCCUCUCAAUCGAACUGUUCGAACACAUGAAAAACUACGAAAAGCUCAUUGCCAAAGUCUCUACCCUCCUCAAACCUGCCGGCAAGCUCUUCGUCCACAUUUUCGCCCACAAGAGUUCUCCCUACGAUUUCGAGAGCGGAUGGAUGACCGAUAACUUCUUCACCGGCGGGACAAUGCCUUCCGCGGAUCUCCUCCUCUUUUUCCAGCGAGACCUGAAGUUGGAAACGCAAUGGUGGGUCAGUGGCAAGCAUUACGCCAAGACGUGUGAGGACUGGUUGUCGAAGAUGAACUCGAGCAAAAAGGAGAUCUGGCCUCACCUCGAGGAGACGUAUGGGAAGACGGAUGUGGCGAAAUGGUUCUACCGCUGGCAAGUGUUCUACCUGGCUUGCGCGGAGCUGUUUGCGUGGGACGGCGGUGAGGAGUGGGGUGUCUGCCAUUAUCUGUUCGAGAAGCCGGGCAAGUCGGCGUAAAGCGAGCUUCGUAUGGCUUUCGAAGUCAUCAUAGAGAUAGACAGUCACGGACAUUGGCGAACUCACGUUAAGUUCGCACUC